CGAAUAUAAAUCGGAACACAAAUGAAAAGACCAUCAAGGCACAGCGAUCACAGAUUGGUUGUAAAAUAUUCACAACUGUUUUUGGUCCAAAAUAAAGUAAAAAAAACGGGUGAAAUGUGCAUUAAUUAAGAAAAAAUUACAAAUUGUAGUGCAAAUGUUGUGUAAAUAAAUAUUGAACCGGUGAAUGGUGAUAGCAAGCGGUCGCUUACAUUGGAAUUCGUGUUAGGCUGUGUAGUUAAAGUAAAUGUUAACGGUGUCACAAUGAAUUUGACUAAACACCAGCUAAAGAUAAUCCCACUAAUUCAACGUAAAUACAAUGUGUCUAUUGGAUUUUUAAAAUCUAAUUUGGCCAAUAUUGAGAAAUUCCUAUGGUAUGCAUUGAGUCCCCGAUUGGUAAUCAAACGUGUUGCUAUUCGAAAAGGCAGCAAACAACGGGUUAUAUUAAACUAUUACCAUUUGAGAAGAGUUUUAUUUGAUCAGGCCGAACGCAAGGUAAUUAAAACCCGAAGGCGAAAUGUACAACUUUGGUCCAGACAGAUGGUUUCUUAUCUUCGCCGAAAAUACGGCGUUAAAGAACAUAUUGAAAUAACUUCGCUUAGUGAUAAUAUAGAUACCACAAAUAAACAUAAGGCAGAAAUAUCCAGCAGCGGAAAUAUGGCUCCAGACGAAGUGAGUAAACAAUUGAAAGAGCAAUUGGAAAUACUUCGGAGUGGAAAACGUACAGUUCCGCUCAUGGAAAGUGAAACUAAAUUAACUGUGGAUGAGUUGAAGAAUGAUUCGGCAGUGGAAACAGUUGACAUACCUACAUCGACCUCUAUGAAUACGUGUACCACAAAGUAUGUAGAUGAUAGCAAUAAACUUAGCCAUAUUACUUCAGAAGUAUUAAAUAAGACUGAAAGUGUAACUCAAAACACAUUAGAGACAACGCCUGAAAAACAAAUUAUGGGGAGUGACGAAACGCGUAAUGAACAACCAAAGCAUAGCUAUAAAACAGACAGAACUAUUGAUGUUGACGGCGAGAGUGUUGAGUUGCCUCCGUUAGGUUCAACUACCAAAACAUGUACUACAGAUUUUUUAACAAAGUCCGCCUCAGAAAUAUUUCAACAAAGUGCGGAGAAGAAAACUUCGAAUUCAUUAAGUGGCAAUAGUAAUUUUUUGGAUAUGCUCAUGAAUAAGAUGCGUGGAAAAAAUAUACUCACAGAGACCUCUAGUAAUGUGAAAGGAAAUCAGUCUUUUCCCGGAGCCAUGGAAUCAUCUGAAACAAAUCUGGAUAAAGCUUGCGAUAAUAACGAACAUUUUACUGAUUCUGGUGAAGAGUUCUUCGGUUUCGAUGAGACCGAACGCGUGCCCGGCAUGUUGCUUACACCAGUAGUACCAUUUUCGGCACAAUCCAAGGGCAAUGCUAAUGUUGCAUUCAUCAGUGAGUCAUUGAAUGAGUUUAUGCGUGAAAAUUUGCUGGAAAGUAGUGAUUGUGCAACUGACGGCAUUGGAAAUGUUGCUGCACGCAAACAUCGCCAGGCUACAUUGGAUGGAUUGGUCACACCCGACUGUAUACCGCCGCGCAUUGAGAUGCCACUAGUGCCAGAAAGUUUGCAAAAAUUACGAACAGUCGCCGAGCGACGCCAGUAUUUGCAAAAAUUCAACCGUAAUCAUAAGCUGGCAAUCAUAAAUAAUGAGGCGGCCAUUUGCCGUGAGCUACAAAGAAAGAUACGCCACCAAAAAUCAAAAAGCGUCUCUCAACAGUCGUUGCAGGCGCCGAAUUCACAAAUGCCAUUUACUCGUCAAGGUUGGCAAGCGGCUUCAUUUGUCACUACCGAAUUCAAUCAUUAUUAUUACCAAACGUUAGAUGUGGUAGAUGGGAGUGAACGCGAGCAUGUGCGACUACCGGGAGUUCGUGGCAAUAACGGAGAACGAAAUAAGCAACCAUACCUUAGCCGAGUGCCGAAUAAGUUUAUAAGGAAUAAAUGCAAUAUAAGCACUUGCAGCGAUGCUCUAGUGGCACGUGAUUUUAAACCUGUAAAAACCGAACCCGAUAAGAAAAAACUAAACAAGACACCACUGCCAAGUGUGUUCAAACCCUGCCCACUAUCACAUAAGCCCUUCCAAAAACCGUUAGACGAUGAGACUGCACCUUUACUGUUGGCCGGUGGUAGCAUGGCGGUGGUGCGAAUGCCAAUUGUGGAACUGGAAGUUUUUCCAGCACUUGGCAAACCACUACACGAUGUAGCCAAACGUUACUUAGAUUAUAUACUACCGCACUGUGAUAUAACGCGUGAAUGGGCUGAGUUCAGCGUGUCUACAUUACAGCAAACUGCUCAAUGUAGGAUGAAAAAUGAUGAUCAGUCAAAACAAGCGGAUGAUGUUGCCAAAGUUUCCAAUGAAUCAUACACGUUUCCCAUUCCAUAUAUGAACGAUCGCAGUCACAUACUGGUGCGUCGUGUUGUUGAUCGUUCAGAGAAACUUGAUGAAACAUUUGAGGCGACCACGUCACCUAUAGAAGAUUUUUCCUUUCGUGCUAAUAUUGAUGAAAAUGAUUGUGAGCUAGUCGAGUGUGCGGAUGUGUUAAGUGAGAUGAUAAACAGCGUCGCUAUAAGUUGUAGUGAGAAUUCAUUCAUAAAAACAGAUCCAGAUGGACUGCAAACCGAGAAGGAGGAUGUAGAGUUGAAACAAGAGAAAGUUACCACAAAGCUGAAAGAGGAGAAAAGCUGCAACAGCAAAGCUACGGAUGAUUCUAAGACAUUCAAUCAAGCGGCGGCAAAUAAAAAACAGAACCGUCUUCUCUUGGAAUUGCGUCGCCUGAAUGCUACUAUAAUUGAUGCAGCGGUAAAAGCUGAAAAAGGAGUGAAGCCUUGUACAAAGGAAUAUUGUACAUUUGGUUGUAUUUGUCAGAGUCUCGCCGAUGACUAUCCUUUGCGUCAGCAUUGUGGCAAAUCCAAGUGUGUCAUAGAGUGCACAUGCAAAACUCCAUCACAAUCACGCAUAAUGCGGCUAGAAACAGAUGGUCGCUCAAUCACAACCGAAGAUGCGUUUAUGCUUCGUAGACAGGCAACUGCGCGACUCGCGCGUAUGGAGAAAGAAUUUACGUCCACAAUUGUUUUAACUGAAAAUGAGACACUGUUAAUCAAUGAAUCGCAAUAUGAUAAGAAACGUCGUUGUACUAAAGCACCAAAGCGCUACGAAGAUUUCGCUGAUACCGAUGAAGAUUAUACGGGUCGAACGUCGGCAAUUCAACCACCAAAGAAAACACAAAAUACCGCCGUUGUAGCAAUUGAAACACCCACGGAUACGACCUUAAAUGUUGGAUUUUCGGAGACAACUACCGAGCUACGCGAACCCAUCUAUGUCAACGAUAAAGUAUUGGAAAACCUUAAGCAUUGUACUGUGCCGCUGAUGCGUUUGGAGGAUACUCAAAAUAUGGCGGUGUGGUGUAUGGUACAUGAGUUAUACAAAUGUUAUUGUGGUGGUCGUGCUACCGAGGGAAAACCGCUCGUUAUCGAAAAGGAUAAUAAUGUGACCACUAGUAGUGAUCAAACAAAUGUUGGAAAUAAACAAAGUAUUCUGCCAGAUGAAGAAUACAUUGUUACAUCUACAAAAGCACGUUAUUCGUUCGAAAAAGUUGAACGAACAGUAGACGAAGUAGAGGAAGUAUUGCGGGAAAAGGAGUUAGUCAGGAGAAGAAGAGAAAAAAGAAAAAGUGCAGAUCGAAAAUCUCAAGGCAGUGUUGUGAAGUAUAAUAGUACAGAUGACGAACGAGAUGAAAGUGAUAAGGAAGAUGAUAUUCUAGAGGAAACAUUAGGUUCAGACUACGAUGGUGAUGAUUGUCGUGCAAAACGUCCGAAAAUGACAAAACGUCUAGAACGGCGUGGACGACCAAGUGAGCUCUCCUUUAUUAAUAAAUAUUUCAACACCGAUGCAGACGGUUGCCGCCGCGUAGUUGUCGUGCCACGCAAAACCUACUUACGUUUAAAUCGCAAACGGCGUACAGAAGUUGAAGAAUUUAUAGCCAAGAACGAGAACAAACAGUCUAUGCUGUUGCUGAAUGAACACAUAAUGCGAUCAGUGUACUACCACAAACAUGAGGUGGAGAAGCAACGUAAAGAAGCAGCGCAGGAAUCGCUGUUACUAACGAAGAAACGAAAAUUAAAGGAUACAGAAUUAUCAGGUUCCGAGGAGGUGUUAAACAAAGAAUCGGACAAAGAACCAAUAGAGCCAGCGAAGAAGAAACCAUUGAAUAAGCUGGAACGAAAAGUCGUCGAAUUAACUGAUGAAGAUUCCUGUCAGUCCUCACUUUCUUCCUUACGUUCAUUACCUGAUAGCAAAGCAACAGCUGAAACAAAACUACAGAGAAGGCGUCGACGGCUACAAGAACGAAGUUUGCUGAGUAGUAAAAAAACUGAUGAAGAUACUACAAAACAUGACAAUGGUUCGCCCAUAGAGGAAGAUAGUGAUGCUACCAGUGCCACAGCCGACUUGAAAACUUCUCAGUUCAAAAAAAGUGAAUCAGAUGUUAAAAAACAAAACACAAAUAUACCCGAUAAGGCGCUCGCGAUCAGCGAUGAUGCACAGCCGUCUGUCUCAUCUAUUACAGAAGGUGCUACGGACAUCAGCUCAGCUGCAUCGGAAUGUUCGGCAUCAGUAUCUUUAAGCAUGCAACCAUCACAAUCACUUUCAACUUCACGCAUGGAUUUCUUCAGAGAUGUAGUGCGCAGCAUGAAUAAUUUGGUGAACAAAAAGAUGCAAGACAUCGGUUUAGCACUAAAACGUGAAAGCAAAGUUAUUCCUGCACCAAAUAAUGACAUUUUAUGCAUAAUUAAAUGGUCAAAUUUUUUGGAGGCCUUUAUUGAAGGCUUUGUUUUCAUAUGGCAAGUGAAGCUGCGUGAUGAACAAUCUUUCUUUGCUGCCACAAUAAAAAAUAUGAUGCCAAUGAUACUGGAUGCUGUGGGUGUAGUUAAUAUAGCCGCUUUACCGAUGCAACAACUGCCGCUAAUGGGUCGCAUGUUGCUGCAACGCUGCCGAAGUCCUCAAACUCGCGAUCUGGCAAUUGUGAUGCAAGGGCGCGCCAAAUUUUGGCUCGUGAAGGGGUUUUUGCGUGCAGAUAAAUCUAGUGCGUGCGCUAAGCCAACACCAAAGACUCAUCCACUGCUUACACGUAAAAUUAAUGUAUUAUCUACCUUGCUAGCUAAACAACAUAUUCGCGAAUUAAAUAAAAAGGUCGCACAGAAACAGAUGGAGGAACUUACAGAAACAACUGAAGUGAAAGAACCAACAGCAGCUGCUACCCAAAAUAUCACACCUGUUCAACAAUCCCUCUUGAGAUCGCAGCCACCACCGUUAGCGCAUUUGGAAAAAGAAACAAAUGUUCCACAUAAUAACAAAAGUGUACAGAAGACAAAAUUAGGCGAAUCAGUUGAAAAUAACAAUACGCUACAGAAGAAACUUCAGCCUUCAGUAAUGCGAGGAUCCCCACCGUCUGGUGCAGUGCAUACAAAAACAACUGAUACAAAGCAUAAAGCGAAAUCAAGCAGCGGCUUAUCCAUGUUGCAAGAAUUGAUUGGAAACAGUCAGUAUUCGGAAAUGAAGACAAACAUUAUCUUCCGCAAAGUAAGAUCUAACGAUAUUGAUGAAAUGAAUGUACUGGAUGUGACUACGGAGCCUCAUCGUUGGCUGGUACUGGAUCUUUAUAGGGAUUUUUCACAUAUAUAUGUGCCAGACUUCCAAGAACUAGUUUCGCUCGAUCGCAUACAGAAAGUUAUGGCAUUCAGCAAACAAAAGCAAAAGAUCGUGAAGUUGCAAUUCUUCCAGAACGCAGCAUACGAUGCUUUCGUAAUACCAAAAUCUGAACGCAAAAUUUUCUUUGGACCUAUAAAAAUGCAUAUGCCACCGCCAUCACUGAUUUUGCUACAAAGUGUUGAUGGCAAAAUGAUGCUGCGCGAAACGUAUCAGCAAAUGCACAAUAUACAAGGGGGUUCAAGAGAGAGAGACAGUACAACAGCAUUUUGUAUUGUACGAAAAAGUGGACAGGUUUACAUGGACUAUAAAUUAGAUGGAGGCGUAGCAGAUGCCACGAAAUUUGAAAAGGAGAAAGGCAGGGGAGAAAUGCCAGCUAUCGAAAGUGUGCAGCAACCAGAAUCGGACGAUGAUGAUUGUAUGAUUGUGGAGGAUGCAGAACCAUCAGGCUCAUUUUCGGCACUCGAGCCUUUGCCACAACCUAAUAUUACAGUAAAACCUUUAUCAGAGUUACAAUCAAAACACAAUAACUCUUUAUCAUCACGGCAACUGACUAAUUUCACAAUCCAAAGUAAUGCUAAUUCGAAACGCCUGCAAAUAACAAAUCUAGGAACUACGCCUGUUAAUGAUAGUAGCAAUAAUUCUGAUUUUCUGGCUAGUGCACAAUUGCCUCAGACACAAAUAUCAGUGAAUGGGUCAAUAAACUCUCAAUUGGUUCAAUUGCCGAAUGUCACUCAAAGCCAAAUAACACCAUUAGCAGACAAACAAACUGCUGCUAUUCUGCGCGGUCUCCCACCUAAUGCGGUUAUUACUGGAGUGACACCAGCACCACAGGAAGCGCCAUACGCCACCACAAUUUAUAUUUCGAAUAUCCCAACCACCGUACCAGUAGUCGCCAAUGGGACACAAGGUCAUGAUGCAACAGUUGCAACAACCAUUGCAAGCAAUACACUUGAAAACAUAUCCAAUGUAAGAUUUCUCACACCUGAUGUUCGGGUUACGGCUACAGGAGAUGCUACUUCAAAUGAAUUGUUUGCCACUCAUGCAUUGACGACAAUGAGUAAUAGUAACUCCGGCAUUUUUACAUUGCCCAUAAGUCAACAACAGAGUAGCUUAUUAGACACACGGGAAAGUAUAGGAUCCUCUACAAUGCCGGCAGCAGCUGAAAUCACGACGAAAGCCACACCGGGAGAGUUGAAAUCCUCGGCAAACAGCUCAACAGGUGAUUGGAAACGUUUUCUAUUGGGCGAUAAUUCUAAACAUUCAACUAUAGGUUCAACAACAAUCACCAAAAUGUCCGAUAAACUUGAGUCUGAUGGAAAAAUGGUGAUGAAUAUCGAGGAAGAUGAAUUUGAACCCGCUGCAUCGAUUGUUUUCAAAUCAAAUGCGACGGCACUGUCUACAGUAGCAAAUGAGUUGCCAUUCACUGCUGGUGUAGGAAACAACUCAAAUACAUGUACAAUAAAUGGCACAACAGCAAUAACAAUCUGCCCACCAACGAUUGUCACGAAGACGAAACCAGCAACACAGACUGCAACGAUGGUCGCUAAAAAAACAAACACUUCCUCAACAAAGACAAAGAUUGCGGCUUUACCAUAUCGAACGUUGGCGCCUCAAAAAGAACCAAAAACAACACAAUCGUUAAUAACAUCGACAGUUUGUUCUAAUUCAAUAACACCUACAUACAGUUCAACGACCAGAACAGCUUCAAAUAAAUCAACUACAUUAAAUUCAGCAGUUGAAAUGUCGAAAGCGUCAAGUGCUUCCAUAUCAAAUGCAUAUACUAAGCAACAGCAACAAGUCGCUGGCGUUCAGCACUCACGAUCAAUGAAGCUAACAAAAACACAAUCUUUUGGUUUUCGUCAAUCGUUACCGAGCUCGUCGCGAAGCUUAAUGAUGAACUCACCAAAGACAAAUGGCGGUAAUGUUUUCUCGCCAAAACCGUUAAUAAAUGUUAGACCGGCAGUUCCGUUGCCACAACGUGUGAGCUCUACAACACAACGAUUAAGCGAUUCAGCACUUUUGAGUCCACAUCUACUUAACGGAAGGCUAAGUGGUCCAAUGGCGGCGAAGACCCCUAGGCCUUUUCCUACUCCUAGUUUGCAUAAAACACCAUCGGAUAAAAAUAAUGUGUCCUCAAAACAAGCUGAUACAAAUGUAAAAAAUAACACACAACUAGGAAAAAGUAAGCCGAGUGAGCAAUACGGUGUGCUUUGUUCAAGCACUAAUGAUGGUUCGCCAAGAUUCUGGGCGAAGCGACUGCAUAAUUCAUAUUUAAUUAAAGUACCGGGCAUAAGCAGCGUUGUGCAUCGUACUGACUUUGAAAGUGUUGACACUUAUUUGAAUGAGCAUCUGCGGAAACAAAGUCCCGCCAUGGAAUCUAAGCUGCCAAUUAAGUGGAACUUUGUGCCAUCUGAACAGUUGAAUCUGCCGAUUAAAAGGUUGACAGCUAAGAAGCAUGAAAAGGUUGUUGUUCGUUGUGCAAAGCCGACAGAAAACAAAGCAUCCGAGUCCAAAGUCGUGAGUUCGAGCGCUGAUUGCAAUGUUGGAAAAAAUGCAGACAUUGCUACACCCACAACGUUGGACACAAAAUGUGCCGAACCAAUUGUAAUCGAAGAUUAAACCCUUUAAAAGACACUAAUUUUAUACUGCAGUUAAAUAUGCUUAUCUUUUAUACAUAAUAUAUCACUUGUUAAUAAGCUUAUAUACUUUGAAAGGAAUUGAAUCUCAUUUAUUAGUUAAUGUUAUUUACUAUCCUAUUAUUUAUUAUUUAACCUAAAUAUAACUUAGUAUAACGCCUAGAUUAUACGUGGUUCAUUCCGAAGUAUUUAUAGUUGCUCUAUGCUGUUAAAGUAUUCACAUACGUUAUGUAAAAAUGGAAAUAUGUUUAAGGCUCGUUUUUUUAUUAUUACUAUAUUGUUUCUGAACUUUUAAGUAUAUUUUAGUUUGCUUUGUUUGCUUGAAUGGAGCUUAAUCAGUGUAUUUGCACAAACUAUAAAUAAGAAAUGAGUUAUUAAUCUGUAAAAUAAUAAAUACCGUAUUUAAAUGAA